CUGUGCUCUGAGUGGUCCUUCUUGCUGUGUGAAGUGAGCUGGUCGGCUAGGAAACAAGCGCAAGACCACCCAACCCCCCCUCCCCGCACCCUCUGUCUCUAUAGCUCUCUCUCUCUCUCUCCCUCUCCCCUCAUUCUCUCUGCCUCACAUUUCCAUGCUAUCCUCUUUGACUAUCAGAAAGAAUUGUGCAUUUUUCUGCCUUUUCGUUCCUGCUACAUCCGCAUCCUGCCCUGGUGACCCUGCAUCAUUUCAGGCAGCUCCAGUGCCCAAGGAAGGUAGAAGGAGGAGGAGGAGGAGGAGGAUGGAGCUGUGAAGAGGGAGGGGGCCAGCUGAACAGCACAGGGAAGUGGAGAUGACAUGGCAUACAGGUGCUGAUCGUGUGCAACAGGCUGCUGAAGUCUAGAGGGAGAAGACACAAUCAGAACGACUACUUGUUGCACCUAACACAGCCCAUCUCCACGGCAACAGGGAAAAUACAAUUAAAAACAGGGAGGCGAGCAGAAGCCAGCUGGAUAAGCGUGUGCACCUCACCUUUGGAACAGAGGACAUGAAGUAGCCAUGCAGAGGUGGAGGGAGAGGGAUUUUCUGUUUCCAGUGGAACAGCAGAGGAGAGGCAAAUCGUUCCAUUAACAGGAAUGUGCUACAGUUUGCCUGGUGGAUGUGAAAAUGCUAUGACAUCGGCCGAAAGAAGAAGCACUAACUGACAGCUCUGCAGUCUGGCAACCUUGUGCUAGGAGCAAGUUGGAAGGCCAUUGUGUGUGUCAGGAACAGGACAGCAGCAGUGCAUUGUAUAUGACUGGAAAGCAGCACCUGUCACCAAGGCUGUCCACUCACCUACAGCAGAGCUAAACGUGUCCCUGCUUCAUCAGCCUCCUUCACUGCACUCUCUCUCUCUCUCUCUCUCUCUCUUUCUCUAACUCUCUCUCAGGAGGAACAUGGGAUGUCGUCAAAGCUCGGAGGAAAAGGAGGCCGCUCGGCGUUCUCGCAGAAUCGACCGACACCUGCGCUCUGAGAGUCAGCGGCAACGCCGUGAGAUCAAGCUUCUUCUCCUUGGCACCAGCAAUUCAGGAAAAAGCACCAUAGUGAAGCAGAUGAAGAUAAUCCACAGUGGUGGCUUUAACUUGGAGGCCUGCAAAGAGUACAAGCCCUUGAUCAUCUACAAUGCCAUUGAUUCCCUGACAAGAAUCAUAAGAGCCCUGGCAACCCUCAAAAUUGAGUUUCACAACCCUGACAGAGCCUAUGACGCUGUCCAGCUGUUUGCACUGACUGGUCCUGCCGAGAGCAAAGGGGAGAUCACACCAGAGCUGCAGGGGGUCAUGAAGAGGCUCUGGGGUGACCCAGGUGUCCAAGAGUGCUUCUGUCGCUCCAAUGAAUAUCACUUGGAGGAUAAUGCUGCUUACUAUCUUAAUGACCUUGAUCGCAUUGCUGCGGUUGACUAUAUCCCCACCGUUGAAGACAUUCUCCGGUCCCGAGACAUGACAACUGGGAUCGUAGAAAACAAGUUUACCUUUAAAGAGCUGACAUUCAAAAUGGUAGAUGUGGGUGGACAGCGCUCCGAAAGAAAAAAAUGGAUUCACUGUUUUGAAGGGGUCACCGCAAUAAUAUUCUGUGUGGAGCUCAGCGGCUAUGACCUUAAGCUGUAUGAAGAUAAUCAAACGAGUCGAAUGGCAGAGAGCCUGCGGCUGUUUGACUCCAUCUGCAACAACAACUGGUUCAUCAAUACCUCUCUCAUUCUCUUCUUGAACAAGAAGGACUUACUGGCGGAAAAAAUUAAACGGAUUCCAUUGACGGUCUGCUUUCCUGAGUACAAGGGUCAGAACACUUAUGAGGAGGCGGCCGUCUACAUUCAAAGACAAUUUGAGGACCUAAAUCGCAACAAGGAGACCAAGGAGAUUUACUCCCACUUCACCUGUGCCACGGACACUAGCAACAUUCAGUUUGUGUUUGAUGCUGUCACUGAUGUUAUAAUCCAGAAUAACCUGAAGUACAUUGGGCUGUGCUAGAAUGACAAAUGCAGCUCCCUCCAAGAAAUAUCACGGGUUUUGUGUGCCAGUUUGCACAGACACCAGCCAACAAGUGCUACCACAUAUGCAAUGACCAGUGUAGAGGACAGCGGAAAUUAAACAAAAAAAAAAGGGAAACAGCUCUCAGACAUGUGGUGUGGCUAAAGAUUUGUGAGGCAAGAGGAUGCCUCAUAAAUGACCGCUGCUUCUCAAGCCUAACUACCAUUAAUGGAUGUCAAUCACAGUGAGAUUUCUAUGAAACUGCCAGAAUACAGCCAUUUUUAAAUUUUCAGUAAUUAAGAUAUUUUGUGCAGUGGACCAGAAUAUUACUUUUACUAUUAUUUUAAAAAAUGUUUUAUAUGUAAUAAUCCACACUUAGAGUGGCAGUAACUGCACAGCUGCAUAUGGGGAUAAAAGCUGUACUUGUAUAUAAACCCUGUGGUUUGUUUUUGUUUAUAUAUAUAUAUAUAUAUAUAUAUAUAUAUAUAUAUAUAUAUAUAUAUAUAUAUAUAUAUAAACAUAAAUUAAUAUAUAUAAUAUAUUAUAUAUAAUAUAUUAUAUAUAAAAUAUAUAUAAAACUGAGAUCAGAAAAAAGUGCAUGAACUUUUGAACAUUUUUAAUAUCCCCACUUCCCUAAAGGUGUGCAACAUCCUAAUACAGCAAGCGCCUUCUGCAACUGUGGUGUAAAUGUUUUGUGGAAAAAAAACAAAAAAACAAACUUUUAGACCAGGAAAGUUUUGGAGUGAGUGAUAAUAAAAAGAAGGAAAAGAAAAAGAAACCGUGUAUGGCAUGUAACAUUAUGGUUUUUCUGUUCAAAUAAUAGUUUAUCAACAGAAUGCCUCAGGUUUGAUGAGAGAAAAGACAAAGAUAUAAUUAUAUUUAUGAAAGGCAAAAAUCCUAUUUCUUUUAAAUUCCAAAUUUUAAAUGUUAUCUGAGUGGAAAUUGUGAUGGCUAUUAAGUAAUGUGUAAAUAAUAUAUUAGAUAAAAUGAAAACUAUAAAGCACACUCUUUAAGUGAACAGUUCCCCCUCACAAAUAUGAUUAAGGGCUUCAAAGUGUCCAUGUCAAGAAUAUUAAAAAAUAAAUCAAUUUAUGCGAA